UCAAUUGUAGGGUUUAAGCUCUCUUGUGCUUUUCCACAUUCUUAUCUUUACUCUAGCUUCAAAUUUCUGUUUCUCUGAUGCUUAAAUCAAAGAGUUUGGAUGCUGUAAUUUCUCGGCAGCUGCCCAUUUGCCGUCAAUUUCUUGUUUCAAGUAAGAAUUCGAAAACUCCCUGUUUUACUCUCUCUUUACUGGAAUUUUAGCUGUAGAAAUCAUCAAAAUUUUCUCUCAAGAUGGAAUGAAUUGGAAAGACUGCUCCUUUUUAUGAAUUGGGAUUUUCUGUAAUGCAUCGAGGGUUUAAAUUAUUUAGUCAUAGGGUGCUCACAAGAACCUCAAAUUUGCGCCCCAGAACAAGCACUAUAUUACGCACUGAAUUGGGAAAUUGGGACCGAAGAAAUAAUGGGUUUGGAUUAUUUAGAGCAUUUAUGUAUACAUUUACGCAAAAUAGGCGAGUUCAGGACCCGAAUGACCCGGCCACCUUGAUGAAGGAGGAUGGGGUUUCGGUCUCUAGUCAAAUGUGGAUUGAGAAUUUUCGAGAACCUGAAAAAACCGUAACUAAUUUGAGUGAUUAUUUGAGGAGAUUUGAGUUGUGGGUGUUGGCUUAUCAAAAGGUUGCUGCUGAUGAAACAGGGGCAUAUGUGCCUCGUAGCUCAAUAACAAGAGCUACCCUUGAAGAUUUGUUGGCGUUGAGGAAUGCAGUUCUGGACAAUAGGUUUAAGUGGGGCGCUAGGUUAGAGUUUUUCAUCAAGUCGCCUAGGGAUAAGACUGAUUACGAGUCAUUGUCGAAGAGGAAAAUCAGGGCUAUUAUGACCACCACGCAGCCAGCACCAUUUCAGGAUAGGAUUGUUCAGGAGGUGUUGUUUUUAAUUUUGGAGCCAGUUUAUGAGGCUAGGUUUUCACAGAAGUCGUUUGCAUUUAGACCAGGGAGAACGGCACAUACGGUGAUUAGGGUAAUAAGGAGAAGCUUUGCUGGUUAUUUGUGGUAUAUAAAGGGGGAUUUAAGUACAGUGUUGGAUGGGAUGAAGGUUGGAUUGGUUAUAAGUGCUCUGAUGAGGGAUAUUAGAGAUAAGAAAGUGAUUGAUCUAAUAAAGGCUGCUUUGACUACGCCUGUGAUCACUAGUAAGGUUGAGGAGCCAAAGAAAAAGAAGAGGAGGAAGUAUCAGAAGAAGAGAGUGCUGGCUGAAGAUGAGCCAAAGCCUGAUCCAUACUGGUUGGUGUCCUUUUUCGGGUUUGCACCUGAAGAGGCUGAGAAAGUUCCUUCAUGGGGGCAUUGUGGUAUCCUUAGUCCUUUGUUGGCUAAUGUUUGUCUUGAUGAAUUGGAUAGAUGGAUGGAAGGUAAGAUUAAGGAGUUCUAUCGGCCUUCAAAAAGUGAUGUGAUUUGGAAUAGUCCAGAGGGAGAAGUUGAACAGGGAAAUACAUCCUGGCCAGAGUUUGUUCCCACGAGUGGUCCAGAUAAGACCCGAAAGAUUGAUUACAUCCGUUAUGGUGGUCACAUUCUCAUCGGAGUUAGGGGCCCUAGGGCAGAUGCAGCUACGCUGCGAAAGCAAUUGAUUGAGUUUUGUGAUCAGAAGUAUAUGCUGAAGCUUGACAAUGAGGAUCUUCCCAUCGAGCACAUUACUAAAGGUAUUAUGUUUCUUGACCAUGUAUUAUGCCGUCGAGUUGUGUAUCCAACUCUUCGAUACACUGCAACGGGGGGGAAGAUCAUUAGUGAGAAGGGUGUUGGGACGUUGUUGUCUGUUACGGCUAGCCUGAAACAAUCUAUUAAACAGUUUCGAAAGUUAGGCUUUCUCAAGGGGGAUAGAGAUCCAGAUCCUCAGCCUUGCUUUAGAAUGUUUCAUGCCACUCAAGCUCACACAAAUGCUCAAAUGAAUAAGUUAUUGUCCACAAUGGUUGAGUGGUACAGAUAUGCUGACAAUCGGAAGAAAAUUGUUAACUUUUGCUCUUAUAUUAUAAGGGGUUCACUUGCUAAGCUUUAUGCUGCAAAAUACAAGCUUCGAUCACGAGCAAAGGUCUACAAGAUUGGUUCUAGAAAUUUGAGUCGUCCUUUGAAAGAAAAGAAAGGACAAUCUCCAGAGUACCAUAAUUUACUUAGAAUGGGCCUUGUAGAGUCUAUUGAUGGGCUUCAGUAUACCAGAAUGUCCCUCGUGCCAGAGACUGACUAUUCACCUUUUCCGGUUGGUUGGCGGCCUGAUCAUGAGAAGGCGUUGCUUGAAUAUAUAUGGCUCGAUGAUCCAAGAACCUUGGAGGAACAGCGUAGGUGCCUUGGAGAGCACGGACUAAUUUCACCUCAAGAUUAUAUCUCAAUGCUUGUCUGGAACUACAAGAGAAAUGCCAUUCCCAUGGAUCAGCUUUCAAUCAUCACCCCAAGGGACAAUAGACUGUUGUGCAGCUCAAAUGAGGAUAGUAAUGAUGAAAGAAACUCAGCCGAAUUAGACAAUGAAGAAAGCAUACAUGCUGCUCAAAUGUAAAGAAAUGUCAGAGUUCUGUGAUCUUGAAGGAGACUGUCGUGGUGUGUGUAGAUGAUGCUAGGUGACUUUGGAGUGGUCCUCUCAUUAAGCUUGUGAUAUCCUGUUGCAUCCCUGGCCUGAUGUAUAGGACGCUCCCUUGAUGACAAGGACCGUGCAAGUUUAUAUUAGGAAGAAGUAGAAGAUAACAAUGAAGACGCUGAAGCGCACACUUCUUACUUUUGAGUUUCAUAUGAAAAUAA